AUGAUGGCACUUCCACAUUUAUUCCCCGAUGAUACCUCUGACCCGGUUCCUCGUGCCUCACGGGAUCUUCAAGGAUUCUGCAGAGAUUAUCCUCUGCGACGUCAUAAGUUUGAGGACUGGGCCAAUACAGGAUCUCAGCAAUGCCGAGACGAUUGGGAGCAGUAUAUCGGGCCGAUAGAGCGCUGGGGAUGCUGUAACCCGUGGGAGGGUCACUUCUCCGCGGUCGUCUUGCCCUUUUGUCGGCCCGAUUGCAUUGCCAUCAUUAGCUACUGUUUCGAAUACGCAUUCAUGUACGAUAAUGUGGUUGAAUCAGCCGCCAAAUCCACAUUAAACAAUAACACGGAUGAUAUUGCUCUCGAUGAGACAGAGUACCGAACCGUGCGAUCGGUCACUGGAGCCAAACAGAUCCAGUCUAAAAUGCUACUCGACCUCCUGUCGAUUGACACUGCAUGCGCUGAGGUUGUUAUUGACUCCUGGAAGACGAUGAUCAACACAACCGCCGAGCAGGACAAGACCCGCGCCUUUGAGAACCUGGAGGAAUACGUGGACUACCGAAUUGUUGACACGGGUGCACCGUUUGUGGACACAGUGAUGCGUUUUGGAAUGGGCCUUCUCCUCACGCCCGAAGAAGAGGAGCUUGUCGCUCCUAUUGUCAAGCCGUGCUAUGCUGCCCUGGGACUCGCCAAUGACUACUUCUCCUUUGAUAUCGAGUGGGAAGAGUUUCAUAAGCCAGAAUCAAAUCAAACCGCCUUGACGAAUGCCGUCUGGUUAUUCAUGCAAUGGCACCAGGUGAAUGAAGAGGAAGCCAAACAGCUUGUCCGGCAAGUCACAAACGACUACGAGAGGGGGUACCAGCAACGAGUACAAGAAUUUAUGGCUGGCCAAGGAAAGUCCAACGCCAAGCUGCAAUUGUAUCUCACUGCGUUGGGAUGCCAAAUUCCAGGGAACGUCGCUUGGAGUCUACGAUGUCCUCGGUACCACCCCUGGCUAUGUGAGGAAGGCAGUGCCCUGUUGCAAGCAUCGAUGAAAGAGGCUCGCGACUUGCCUAACAUAGGUAAACGACGGAGCGUCUCGGGAGAUAGUAUCUCGUCUAUGUCCUCCCUCUGGACUGGAGCAAGUGAUCGUUCUGCACGAUCAUCAGUUUCAUCAGCUCCUUCUGUCGACGACAGGGAAAAGGAGACCGACCGGGUUAUACUCGGAACAGAGCACCUCAAUGGUCCAGCAGAGUAUAUUGCCUCUCUACCCUCCAAAGGUGUUCGCGAGGCCUUUAUCGACGCGCUGAACGUGUGGCUUGCUCUCCCGGAUCGCUUCGUAAGCGUCAUAAAGACCAUUGCAAAGACUUUACAUAAUGCCUCUCUGAUGUUGGAUGACAUUGAAGACGGAUCGCCUCUGCGUCGGGGCCAGCCCGCGACACACACCGUCUUUGGACAGGCGCUGACAAUCAACUCCGCUAACUUUGUCCUGAUUCAGGCUAUGGAUCAAGUGAGGCUGUUGGAGGACUCGCGUUGUGUGGACAUCUUCGUCGAAGAGAUGCGUAAUCUGUUCGUUGGUCAGAGUUUCGAUCUGUACUGGACACGGCAGGGCGAGUGUCCGUCGGAGGACGAAUACCGGGAGAUGAUACGUCAAAAAACUGGUGGUCUCUUCCGGCUAUUAUCUCGGUUGAUGAUGCAAAAGGCGACGUCAAAGAAGAACCGAUACCUCCCAUUGGAACCUCUUGUCGACCUUAUGGGGGAAUAUUUCCAAAUCCGAGAUGAUUACAAGAACCUUACUGAAGAGUACACCGGACAAAAGGGUUUUUGCGAGGAUCUAGAUGAGGGGAAGUUCUCGUUUCCCCUGAUUCAUGCCAAUAAGUCAUUGCCUGAAUCAUCGGAUAUUCGGUAUAUUCUACAGCACGGCCGCCAGUCGGGCAGACUUGAUAUCGUGCAGAAGCAACUGGUAUUGGACUAUCUCCACGAGAGCGGAAGCAUGGGACACACGCAAGAAGCACUUCGAGGCCUGAUGGGUGAAAUCCGGCAUCGGAUCGACGAGGUGGAAAAGGAAUCGGGCUGCCCGAACUGGGUUCUGAGACUCCUUGUUCACCGACUGGAAGUCUGA